AUGGUGAAUGAUAAUGCUACCUCUGGGUUUGUUCUCCUGGGCUUCCCGAGCCCAGCAGCCCUGCAGGUGGCAUGGUUUGUCCUCUUCCUUGCCGUCUACCUGGUGACUCUGACAGGAAAUCUGGGGGUGCUCCUGCUGAUCCGAAGCGACCCAUGCCUACACACCCCCAUGUACUUCUUCCUAAGCCACUUGUCCCUCCUGGACAUCUGCUACUCCUCCACCAUCAUCCCUCAAACCUUGCUGAGCUUCUUCCUGGAGAAGAAGGUCAUUUCCUUCGCGGGUUGCGCUGCUCAGCUCUUCUUCUUUGCCACCUGUGCCACCGCUGAGUGCUACCUGCUGGCUGCCAUGGCUUACGAUCGCUACCUGGCCGUUUGCAAGCCUCUGCUCUACUCACUGAUCAUGUCCCAGAAGCUUUGUGUGGAGAUGGUGGUCGGUGCCUACCUGGCUGGCCUGAUCAGCUCCAUCAUCCACACCGUUUCCAUCUUCCACCUGCCCUUCUGCUGCUCCAAGAGGGUCGAUCAUUUCUUCUGCGAUGGGCCCCCUCUGCUAGCCCUCUCCUGCUCUGGCACUCACCUCAGCGAGGUCACCAUUUCUGCUGUGGUGGCCUUCAACGUCCUGAGCACCACAGUCUUCAUCUUAGCCUCCUACUUGCUGGUCCUCUCCACCGUCUUGAGGAUCCGCUCCACGCCUGGUCGGCACAAAGCCUUCUCCACCUGUGCUUCUCACUUGGUCUCCAUUGCUUUGUACUACAGCAGCUCCCUCUUUGUGUACCUGCAGCCCAGCUCCAGCCACCCUUUGGAGCAUGAUAAGGUGGUCUCCAUAGUCUACUCUGUUGCAAUCCCCAUGCUGAACCCCUUCAUCUACAGCCUAAGAAACACAGACAUGAAGAACUCCAUGAGGAAAGCAAAAGGCAGAGUCCUCUCCUCCCUGCCCAACCACAGCUCCUGGUCAACUGAAAGGCUACCCUGA